AUGACUGAAGGUCCCUUCAAACACUACAUGGCCAACAUCGGUCCCGGCGCCCCAGUGAUGAACAACGUCCCCAAGAACCCCCUCCCCAGCGACGGCGGGUACAACCCCCGCUGCAUGCGCCGCGACAUCAGCGUCGACGCCGCCCUCGGCGCCACCGCGGAGCGCUCGUACAAUCUCAUCAUGAAGUCCAAGGACACAAACACUUUCUACAACACCUUGUUGACGCCAACCCGGAAUGCGAGCGACCCGUACAAUUUUGGGAUCCAUACCGGUGACCAUUACAUUUCUGGAGGAGACCCCGGGGGAGAUGCGAUGGUCUCGCCUAAUGAUCCGAUUUUCUAUUUCCAUCAUGCGAUGCUGGAUAGGCUUUGGUCGAUCUGGCAGAUGCAGGAUCCGGAUAAGCAGGUCAAUGCCCAGGUGACGCUUGGUGGGAGGGAUGCGGCGACGAGGAAGCUUGAUUCGAAGUGGCUUAUUGCUGAUGUUAUCCCCGUUCUUGAAGCGCAUGAUGGGCUUGGGCGUGCGGGAGGGGCGUUUUAUCAUGUAUAUGUAUGA